AUGUCGGCAAGGCUGGACGAGCUGCAAGCAACGCUGUUCACCGCAGGCCAAAAGCUCAACGAUGUGACCGGAUAUUCGAGCAUUGAAGCCCUGAAGAAGAGAAUAGUAGAACAAGAAUCGCAACUGCUCUCGCUCCGCUCCGCAAUCCGCGCCGCAAAACAGGCCUACACAGAAGCAAUCGCAAGCCGUUCCUCCUCCCAGCGCGAAGUCAAUGAACUCCUCCAACGAAAGCACACAUGGCUCCAUCAUGACGUCGAACGUUUCACCGAGCUCUACCGCUCCGAUCACCUUAACGAACAAGCCGAAGCCGCAGCUGCAUCCAGACUCACAGAGUUAGAGGGACAAGCGGAAGAGUUACAAGCAGAUCUGGGAAAGAACAUCUUAUCGAGGUAUCAUGAGGAGCAGAUUUGGAGUGAUAAGAUUCGGCAGGCGAGUACGUGGGGAACGUGGGGGUUGAUGGGAUUCAAUGUGUUGUUAUUUGCUACGACGUUGUUUUUGGUUGAGCCGUGGAAGAGGAGGAAGCUUGUUAGUGGAUUUGAAGAUAGGGUGAGGACUGUGUUGAAGGAGGAAGGCAUUGUCCGGAAGGAAGGAGCGGUUGGGGCGACGGCAGCACCUGCGGAAAUGCCAUCAGUGGAGGAUGUCAAGGCACAGGCAGUUGACCAGGAGGCUCUGGUAGCAAGGUUGAGUGCCGCUAUGGAGGAGUCUCAAAAGGUACUGGAGAACUAUGUCAGCCUCGCGUCUACCACUAGGGCCGAGUUGGAGAUUGACCCUCCUCUUGUCGGCGCAGUUUCGUCCGCAUCUCCCACCUCACCCCGCUCAUCCCUUGACAUCAUGCGCUCAGCCUUUGCCGCCUUCCACCAAGCACCCAUGGAAAUCAUCCGAACCGUUUUCACCAAGGAGAACGUUCAAGCCAUCGUACCUGCGACGAAAGCAAGUGUGGAGAGUCUGGUUAGUGAAGAACAGAUCUCAUUGAGCAGGAAGGAUGUUACGGUCAUUGCGGCUGAAAGUGCGGUUGCAGGUGCGGUGCUUAUGGGGCUGAUUACUUGGAUGUUGAGGGGUUAG